AUGAGCUCACACUUGACGUCGCCGUCGCCGUCGGCGACCGACGCCGCGUCGUCGGCCAAAAAGGCGCGCGCGAAACAUGCCUGCACCGUUUGCAACUCGCGCCGCGUGCGCUGCGAUGUGAUGGAGGUACAACCGUGCUCAAACUGCGCCGAUGCCGGGGUCGCCUGUGAGGUGGUGCCGUCGCGGCGAGGGAGGACGCGACAGAGCCGGCACGGCGCCUCGGCGUCCGUCACCGCGGAAAGCACGGAUCCGGAGGACCAGGUUCGGCAAGAGGCCCACGCAACCCAGUCGCCGUCUCAGGCUCCGUCAACCUCCUCCGUACCUCCUCCGCCGCCGUUCGGCAACGGCGGCGGACACAGCUACCGCACGCGGAAGCAGACGGCAGCGCGCGAGAUCAGCCCCCCCACGUCGCCGACGCCGGCCUCCUCCGCCAAGGCCUCGGGCGCGCGCUUCUUUGGCGAGUCCAACUUUCUCACCAUUGUCUCCGGGGGGCGGCGCGACGACGACGACGGCACGAGCGCCAACCAGUCCGGCGGCGGUAGCGGCGGCGGUGACGGCGGCAGCGGCGGGGACCAGUCGCAGCGACGGUACACCUUCCACCUGCCGGCGAAGCGGCCGAACCCGGCGCCGGCCGAGGGCGCGGGCCUCAAGGCGUCCACGCUGCGGUACCUGCAGGACGAGGGCGUCUUCGACCUGCCGACCAACGCGCAGUGCGCGCCCGCGCUCCGGGCCUUCUUCACCUGGUUCCACCCGUGCUUCCCCGUCGUGGACGCGGCCGACAUUGCGCGGCGCUUCACGGAGAACCGCGUGCCCAAGGUGCUCAUGUACGCGAUGCUGCUCGUCGGGUCCACGUACUGCGAGGACGCCGCGAUUGCCGACAUGGGGCUGAGCGACCGCUUCCAGGCCAAGACGCUGUUUUACACGCGCGCCAAGUUGCUGUUUGACGCCGACUGGGAGAGGGACGAAAUCACCCUGAUCCAGUCCUUGUUUCUGAUGAGCUUUCAGCGAAACGGACCGGCCGACGUGCGCGACGUGCGGUAUUGGCUGGGAAACGUCAUUACCUUGUCAGAGUCUAUUGGCCUUCACCGAUCAAACGCCGACGAUGCGCAGGAGGAUCUGGUGGUCCAUCUAUCAUCGCUCGGCUUGCCCAGCCGCAUCAGAGACGAGGACUGCGACAUUGAGACGCUGACAGCGGCGGACCUCGAGGCCCCCGACGUUGACCUCGAACACCCGAUUCUCGCGCCGACCAAGCCCGAGCACAUCACCUACGCCAUCAAAAUGGUUGAAGUUUCAAGACUCAUCGGUCGCAUCAUCGACUUGCACUUUGUUCCGGGCCGCACCGGCUCCAAGGCCAAAGACGUGGAGAGCCUUGACAAUGCGCUCGAGGCGUGGAAGGACAGCCUGCCGCAAAGCAUGCGCUUCCUGUCCGACGAGACAAACACGUCGGUCUGGGCGUGCCUCUUGCACCUGGCCUACAACCACCUCCGGAUCCUCAUCCACCGAAACAGCUAUCUCCACUCCAACGACAAGACGGAGAGCAGCAUGAUUGUCACGGCCUCUGCGUGCCGCAUCAGUCGAAUCGCCGAGGACAUGUACACGCGCGGCAUACUCGGCUGUGGCCAGAUGCACAUGAUCACGAGCCUCUUCACCUCGCUGUGCAUCCACGUCAUCAGCAUCCGGCGAGACACGGGCGUCAACCGGCGGAUCGCGGAGAACCGCGCGCAAAUGUGCCUCAUCUGCCUCAAGGAGAUUCAAAAGUACUGGCGCAUCAACAACAACGUCCUCGACAUCUUCUUCCAGUACCUCGACGCCUCCAUCGCUGACCGCCUGCACGCCAAGCAGCUCUACGCCGGCAACGGCCUCUCCGCCGCCGCCGCUGCCGCCGCCGUGACCGGUACCACUACUCACCACCAGCACAGUGAGCCGGCCCCGGCGCAGACGUCGCUGCCGCCGGCGUCGUUUUCUCUGAGCGCCGCCGUGCCCUGGCAGUCGGCGCCGGUGGCGACAAUGGCGCAGUCGCAGUCGCCGCCGCCGCAACAGCAGCAGCAGCAACAGCAGCAGCACCAGCAGCAGCAGCAGCAGCAGAUGUUGCUGCAGACGCCCAUGAUGACGUUUCCGGGAGCGGCGGCCGGAAACGUCCCGGACAUCAUCUUUGACGAUCAGUAUUUUACGAAUUUGAUGAAUGGCCAUUGGGAGGCCGACGAUAAGAUUAGCGAGCUGGGCCUGUUUUUACAGGCAGAUGACAUUACGGGCGGCCGGGGAUGGAGACCAGCACAGUCCCUGCAGCUUGUCAUGCGCAACACCAUGCGGCCACGCGACAAGUACCCCGCGGCGCAGCGCGCCCUCUUGUCCAUUACCGUCGCCCACCGCUGCCGCCCAGGGGGUGAUACGACGAGGAAGACGGUCUCGGCCAGCACCGUCUCCGCAGCACAGCAGCAGCCGUUGAAAAGAACAGGGGCGGCAGGCGAGGAGGCCGAGAGCGGAAACCCGGAGCUACCCAAGUUCAGCCUCGACGGGCUAGGCAUCGGCAGGAACAUGAAGGUGUUUCUCAUCGUGGUGCUGAGCAUCUUUGGCACCAUGGAGACGUGGUUUUAUUGCAAGGCCAUCUGGCGCUGGUGGUAUGGUGCGCAAGGCCCUGCCGUCGCGGCAGAUGAUGACCAGUAA